AUGUGUUUGCAAGAUGAUGGCUUAGACCCAUCUCAUUACGUCUCAGCGCCAGGAAUGUUUAAUAAUUCCCUAUACAAGAGCAGUAGAGCCGAACUCAAACUCAUGACAAAUAUGGACGAGUACUUGAUGGUUGAGAAUGGUAUUCGUGGAGGGAUGACAAUGGCGAGUCAUCGAUAUGCUAAAGCUAAUAAUCCACAAUGUCCAGACUAUGAUCCUAGUAAACUGAAAUCCUGGGUCUUGUAUGAAGAUAUGAAUGCCAUGUAUUCAGGUGCAAUGACCCAAUACAUGCCUACUGAGAUCAUAGGUAAGGUAUAUCCAGAGGAAAUACCAGAUAUCCAAAGUAUUGCGCCUGAUGCUGAAAUUGGUUAUACGAUUGAAGUUGACUUAGAAGCUUCAGUACACUUACACGAUUUCUUUGCAGAUUAUCCAUUAGUACCGGAAAAGCAAACAAUACCUGAAAACUGGCUUAGCUCAUAUAACAAAAGAUUAGUAUAUGACAAAGAAGUAGGAGGAAGAAAAUAUGUAACAGUUACAAAGAUUCAUAGUGGGUUAAAAUUCCAACAAUCUCUAUGGAUGAAAGAAUAUAUUGAGGAAAAUAUUUAUAAACGCAAAAUAGCAAAAGCCAAUGGUGAUGAAUUCGAGGUCAUAAUUCGAACCCUUCCCUAUGGAUAUUGGCGAAUUGGAAUAUAUAAACACCUGGUAGCAUCUGAAAUAGCUCCCGAGGAAGCAGAAGAAAAAGCUAUGAAAGCUAGACUUCAUUUCAAGGAAUAG